GUUGGACGUGUUAAUGCUUUUGUAAGAUUCGUAUAUGAAAAUUGGCUAGGACAAAAGCUAAGUGAUAAGUCAAUUAAUGCGGAUACUUAUUUGCAGAAGUUACGUGAGUCUCAGAGGUGCAUCGUUAAUAACCCUUCUAUUGUAGAGAUGCAUCGUAAUAACUCUUCUAUUGCAGAGACGUGUUUUGUGAAACGUUUGGCCACAAAGACGUGUUCUCCUGAAACAAAACUUCCUACACGAAAUAAUGAACCAGUACCUUUUGCGAAAAGUAAAAUUACACUCUUUAAAAGUGAAUAUGAACAUUUUCGAAAAUGGCCAUGGGUUAUCGAAACACAAGGUUCAUCCUUUAUUGUACAAGCCAAACUCAAAGACAUUAUAAAUGAUUACAAUGCUGAAUAUACAAGAAAAGAUGAUCCCAUUCUUUCAUCAAUUCUGGAUACAGCUUAUCCAGAAGAUUGGAUUAGGACAAAAUUUACCCAAGACGAAUGGGUCCAGAUUAGUGAUACGACAGGAUGUCUCAUUAAUAAAGCAGUAAAAAAAACAAUAAGCGCUAAUGGUCUUAAUGAAAUCAAGAAUCAUUUUAAACAACUAAGAAAUAGUAAAAAAUAUUCAAAGCCAAAGAAACGAUUAAACGAAGGAAGUUGGCAAGCAAGUGUAACCACAUUUACUUUUACCAUAAUCAGUAGGGAAUUCAUUGAUAUUCAAUAUGUAAAUAAUGAACGUCAGUCAAUUGGCUCAAAAAGAAGAAGAAAUUUGAUUUCAUCAGAUGAAGAAAAUCAUGAAAUUACAGAGAUUAGAAGAGGAAAAAAGCCGGACUUUCUGGUAGAAACAGCACAUGGAUAUCGAAGUACAGAAAAUUUUUUUAAAAACAGGCUACUGCAUUUUGAAUACUUAAUAGGUGAAAUUUCAAAAAGCCCUUCCAACCAAUCUGGAGAAAAAAGCAUCUCAGAUAGGUACAAAAUGUACAAAAUGAUGAAAGACAACUAUGAUACGAUUGUGUCAUAUUUUUACAAUCAAUUUGGUCAAUACAUGUAUCAGGAUCUUACCUUGAGAAUUUUGGAAAUUUAUGGAAUCCUAGUAUCAGGAUUUGAUUUAGAGAUUUUUGUGCUUGAUCGACCAGGGGCUGUCGUCAGUCGGGUUCGCCGUGUAAUCAAAAUAGAAAUUCCGGUUAAUACAGAAAAUAAUGAUUAUUAUUUGUGGAUGGAUCGUUUAGUAUACGCAUUGAAUACCCAACAUUCCUUGCUAAACAAACUAAUUAGUAAGUUGAAAAAUAAAAAGUCACGAGAUGAAGAAUAUAAGGAAUUCCUAUUUUCUACUAUUCCAAAAUCAAUAGGUUCGCCAUAG